CAAUGGAAAACACAAGCGGAGCUGGCCAAUGAGGAGUGCGGAUGGUGCCGGGUGCGGGUCAGAGUUUGUGCGCCAAGUUUGGACGGAGGGAAGGAAGGAAGAAGUGGAGACCGACAUCUCUUAAGAUGCCUCCCAAACGUGUUGUAAAUGUGCGGGCAAGGGCUCCACCCAAGCGAAAGAUGGCAGAGGAACUCAAACCAGGAGAAGUGAUGACUGACACUGGAAAAAAGCAAUGGAAGAUUGGGAAGCCGAUUGGGAAAGGUGGAUUUGGCCUCUUGUACCUGGCUGAUGAAAAUUCAGCCAAAUCAGUUGGGAAUAGUGCUGCUUAUGUCAUUAAAGUGGAACCCAGUGACAAUGGACCAUUGUUUUCAGAGCUCAAGUUCUAUAUGAGAGCAGCAAAACCAGAGCUAAUUCAAAGCUGGGUGUCGUCACGAAAGUUGAAUUACCUUGGUGUACCCAAGUAUUGGGGGUCAGGACUCUAUGAUAAAAAUGGCAAAAGUUAUAGAUUUAUGGUUAUGGAUCGAUUUGGAUCUGACCUUCAGAAAAUAUUUGAACAAAAUCAUAAGAUUUUCCCUCAGAAAUUUGUGUUCCAGUUAGGUCUACGAUUGAUUGACAUCCUAGAAUAUAUCCAUGACCAUGAGUACGUGCACGGAGACAUCAAAGCUUCCAAUCUACUCCUCAGUUACAAGAAUCCAAAUGAGGUAUAUUUGGUUGAUUAUGGCCUUGCAUAUAGAUAUUGUCCAGAUGGAGUACAUAAAGAAUACAAGGAAGAUCCAAAACGUUGCCAUGAUGGUACUCUUGAGUUUACAAGUAUUGAUGCACAUAAAGGUGCAGCUGCUUCUAGACGUGGUGAUUUGGAAAUCCUGGGAUAUUGCAUGUUGCAGUGGCUUAGUGGGAGAUUGCCCUGGGAAGACAAUCUGAAGGAUGCAAACUAUGUCAGAGAUGAAAAGCUAAAAUACAGAGAAAACCUUCCAAGCUUGAUGGAGAAGUGUUUCCCUCGUAAAAAUAAACCAGUUGAAUUAUCAAAGUAUUUUGAAGAUGUGAUAUCGCUUGGUUACCAAGAUAGACCCCGCUACCAGAGACUAAGAGAAAUCCUCAAGCAAGGACUUAAAUCCAUUGGCUGUGUAGAUGAUGGUAUUUUGGUUUUAGGAGCAUCUUCCAAUGGUGACGCCCCAACAACAUCCAAGGCACAGAAACGCCGUAUUUCUAAGACAAAUGAUGAUCCUGAGGGCAAUGACUCAGACUCGGAGUUAAAGAGUGGAAAGAGACAAAGAACCCCGAAAGCCAAGAAGCCAACAGCAAGAAAGAAUUUGAAGAAGGUAGUGACAGUUGAAAUAGGCACUCAGACUUCUCCGCUUGCCGUGACAAGUCCCAGCAAAAAAAAAUCAUCUAAAUAAAUGGUAACGUGCAGAAAAAGAAGCCCGCUUGUUUAUACUUUGCUUCUUUGCAUUUUGUUCAAGUCUGAUAAUUUUGAAAGAAGUUAUUCUGAAUAUGGUUCUCAUUGUUUAAAAAAGAAUGGAUUCCUAUCAUUUUUUUAUACUGGAUUUUAUAUGUUGUGCUUUUUUUGUGAAAAUUAAAAAAAAAAGUUAAAUACUGAAACUUUGCUUUUUACACAAUGCAGACAUUGGUAUUUUUCUGCCACUUCAGUAAAUGAGCUGUGCAGUAUCAUGAAGUUACAACAUGUAAAAUGGCAGGAAGCUAUGAGAAAUGUUAUGCCCUCUUUUGAGGGGAAAGAAAAAGUCUUGUUAAACUAGCAAAUAGUGUGGGAUUUUGAGUUUUGCACUGUGGAGUGGGCGAUCAUGCUCAUGACUUAUCAGGAUAUUGUUAUAGACAAUGUCACAAAUACUGGGUUGUAUAUCCAGAAUUCAUGCUCCCUUAUGGUUUUUAGCCUGGAGUUUAUGUUGCGCUUCCUAAUUUUAAAUGUACUGUAAUAUUGUAAACCUUAACACAUUUGAAUUGUCUUAAAUGAGUGACAUAAAUUUCUAAACAUUUUUUUCUGAUCACUUGAAAGGAUAGCAUAAUUUUAAAGCUUUUUGCAAAAUCAGCUGGUUAAAUGUUCUCAGCAAAAUAAAGAAUUUUCCAUGAAAGUUUUCUCCA